AUGGCCUGUUUCCGUGGUAGCCAGGAAUUUUAUGGAGAAGUCCUCCUAUUGGACGAUACGAAGAUCUCGCUGAUGACAGAACACGGCAUAAAGAAGUCUUCGAAGGCGGCGGCCAUCUUGCAUCGCGUGUUUUCUCACCUGAACGUCGUGGAAGUCAAAUUCUUCGGUUUGAGAUUCUGCGACGAUAAACAACACACGCGCUGGUUGGAUCCUUUGAAAACUCUCUCACGACAUCGAGGCCUCAUGGGGCCACCGUACAUUUUUUAUUUUGGUGUCAAGUUUUAUGCUGAAAAUCCGUUGAAGCUCAAAGAGGAAACAACGAGGCGUCAGUUUUACCUUCAGCUGCGUCAGGACGUCUGUCGAGGUCGUCUGCUAUGCCCCGCCCACCUCAAGCCACGCCUCUCUGCUCUGAGGCUGCAGGCUGAUCAAGGUGACGUCGGGGGGGCAGAGGAGCUGGACCUAGGUGUAAACCAGGAAGUGCAAAUAAUCUACAAGUCUCUCAGCUCGCUGGCGAUGUACGGAGUCUCUCUGUUCAACGCCUACGGCGAGAACCAGUCGGAGUACUUCCUGGGUCCAACUCCAGGGGGCGUGGUCAUCUAUAAGAAUAAAGUGCUGGUGGGAAAAUAUUUCUGGUAG